ACAAUGGUAUGAGUAACGGUCGUAGGCGUGUAUAAUAAACCGACAAUAUCAUUCACGAAGCCUUUAUACAACUUAACACACGAAAAUGUAUAACUUUGUCAUGAAAAGUUGCGUUUACUUGCAUUUCCCAUUGGUGUGCCUAGUUUUACUACAAGGUUGUUUGGCUCUGAAAAUCACUUCAGAAAAAUCUGAUUCACCUUUAGUUGGCUGUGACGCCUCGCUAAUCUGGAGAUUAGACAAACAAGAUUACAAGACAUCUAUUACCAAGCAAAAUCAACAGUUGCAAAACAACGAGAAAUACAGAAUUCACGAAACCCAUGAUAGUAAAACGAUAUUAACUAUAAGGAAUGUUACAUUGGAAGAUGCUGGGUUUUAUAGAUGUCAGAUAGAUUCUACUAAAGAAUAUACAGAUAUCAAUCUUAGUAUUUCAGAUUUCCAGUGGAAAACUAAAAUUGAUACCAAGACUGUUGUUGUGGGUGACGGUGUGUCUAUAAUAUGGAAAUAUCAACUCGAUGGCAAUAUACCGCAUAGGAUUCGAAUAUACCGGCACAACGGUGUUAUGCAAGAUCUUUUUGUUUGGGAAAAUGACGAUGAAACCACGAUCAAAAGUAAAAUAAGAAUGUCAGUUCAGCGGACAAAAGGAGAAGAUGGAACAUUUACACUGAAUUUGAUGGUUAACUAUACCGUUAUGGUUGAUCUGAUUUACAUAUACAUGGUACAAUUAGAAUUCAAAGAUGGCUGCUCUAAGAAUAGUGAACCUGUGUCUCUAACAGAAAAACAACUAAUAUUCCCCGACACCCCAAUUAUGGAAUCUUUACCCCAAGAAGAUGUUACAUUUGUAUGGAGAUAUAGAUAUACAUAUCCUGCACUUAUGGUAUUCCUUACUCGUAUGAAAGCAACAAACCCAAAGGUUGAUUCAAUUGGAUAUUGGCAUGCUGAAGAAUUUGUAUCAUCAUUAGAUAAUGAUACAAAUAGGCUUACUUUAAAUAUAACAGAACGACAUGUUGCCAGUGACAUAGAAGGGCAGAUUACUGUUAAGUUACGCAAUGCAUCCACAGGGGACUUCAAUUAUGGCUAUAAGUGUCGCAUUAUCUUUCCUAAUCAACAUCAAAGUUCAAAUAUCAUUAUACUGAAAGUUUUAGAGAAACAGACCCGGACGGAAAAGCGACGCACUAAAACAGAUGAUUCUAGAUUACAUAAUGGGGAAGUUGCAGCCAUCAUAUUAUGGGUGUUGUUUAUUGUUGCAGUCGUAGUAGCAGCAGUAGUAAUGUGGCGGAACAGAGAAAAAUUGCGUAAUUGUAUAAAACAGAGGAAAAAAGCUGAAGAUAAGAACGGUUCAAGUAUUCCACUGAAGACACUGCAACAAAAUGCUGAGAGCAACAACGAAGUUUGAUACAAUACAAUAGACACACAGGCUUAAAGAGUUGCUGUAUUGUGACUUAAUUUUAGUUAAAUUAUUAUGUAUAUUUUUAUUACUAGCAUGCUUAAGAUAUGUAAAAUUAAGAUAACUCUUAUUGCCCCUCCACAUCCUUCAUAACAACAUAAUUAAAGUCAAAAUAUCAACGUGUAUAUGUUGAUCGUUAUCGUUGUAUUGUUUGUUUUCAGGAGCGAGAGGCUACUGGAUAGAAAUGUGCAAUUGUUUCAGUUUACAUUCUGCGGAUUUGCUUUCUAUUAAUUGCUUUAAUAUUAAUUUACAAUCACAUCUUAUCCCCUUAGCUCCCCUUGUAUCGUCCCUAUACGUAAAUUCUUUUAAAUACGGCGUUGUGUUAUAUGGUAUGCUUUUGAUAGAAAAUUAAAAAUAGCCGCAUGUAUUAAGUGUUUAUUACGUAUGCAUUUAAUAUGUUCAUGUGUUAAAUAAAUAUAAUUAAAUCCCAAAUUUGAUUUUGGUUCAACACUACACUAACUAUGUGAUAGAAACAUGAUUGUUCCUUAAUUAUUCCGAAUGACGACAAUGCUUUAAACAAUGACGUCUUGUAAUUGUUGUAAAUUUUAUUUUUAAGAUUGAUACUAGCUUUAGUAACACGUGUUGUGUGUUACUGACAGGGGAAGUAUGCAUAGUGAAAUUGGGAUAAACAUUGAAGUUAAUACAUAAUAAUACGAUAUAGUAAUCAUAUCACAAGUUAAUUACUUCUGACUUUCUAAAAGUUAAGCUGUGUAUAUCUUAUCUGAAAUGUUAAAUAGCACGUGUCGAGUCUUGUUUGAAUAAAACAAAUUUUAAGCAUU